CUUGUGUAUUUACUAAUGCCAAGCCUCUCUCUUUCAGAGACCCCCGAGGCCAUGCCAACUCUCCUCUCUGCCACCGUCCUCUCGGUGCUGCUGGCCACAGGCUGCUGGACUUAUGACGCCACCCCUGGAGUCGGUUGCCACCUCCAUCCUUUCAGCGUGACCAUCAAGAGUGACCCCCGAGGGAGCUGCCGCAGCAGGCAAACAGUCCAGGCCUGCGUGGGCUACUGUGAAUCCAGCGCCUUCCCCUCCAAGUACUCCGUCCUCCUGGCCAGCAACUUCAAGCACAACAUCACGUCCGUCUCCCAGUGCUGCACCAUCGCCAAGAUGCAGAAGAUAAAGGUGCAUCUGCGUUGUGGGGCCACUCGGCCCGAGACCAUAGAAGUCUUCACAGCAAAGACUUGCCAGUGUGACGUGUGCCGCCUCUCCAGAUAUUAGGGAGUCGGUGGUAGCCAAACCUGCUUGCGGCCUUUCUAUGCUAUCAAUUGCCAACUCUCACUACCCUGGUCUCCACCUUCCCCUCUCCCAACCAGAGUUUGCUUGAUUCAAGGAUGCAGCCCAGGGGCAGCUGCCUGCAGAGCCACGCUGACACCUACCCACAUCCCCAAAUAUUGCCUCCUUACAUACUUGGCAAACUAGCGAACUCAACUAGCCUGAAGGCUGCAGUGGCCGGAGAGGCUG